UUUCGGUAACUACACCAAGAAUAUAGAAGAUGCAUAUCCGAAUGGUCUGCUAGUGAAAACAACAUGGUUUUAGCCAAUGUCUACAUUUUGAAUGAUUAUUAUCCAACAAGAUCACUUUAAAAUGAGUUUCAAAGUUCCAAACAACUUCACAGAGGAUGACUCAGAGUUAAGUUUCAACAAACAUGAGGAGGAGUUUUAUCUAAUUCGAGUCCCAAAAGGGUUUGAUGUUAAAAAGUUACAAAACAGAGAAUUUGAUGUCAACCAAAUAGUUGAGAUUGAGGUUGGUAAUGAAGACAAAAUUAGUCAGUUGACCCCUGUGUAUGAGCUAACUGCAUUUAAUCAUCAGGAUGGGAUUUUCUUGCCUGGAUUGGAUGUGGUACCUAUAGUAAAAACUAAACAUAAUAAAACCACACUUGGGCCACCUUUAAGUGGUUUUGUGUGUGUCACCAAGUCCCAGAGACAAAACCCAAGUGAUCUACAGCAGCAUCAAGGUAUACCACCUCCUGGACCAGUUGCUAUGCCUGAGGGACUUAGACCCAGAUACACACCUUUUGGAGCAGGUACUGGUGCAGUACAAAAACAUUCACACAGGUCAAAAAAGAAAAAACGCAAGCAUUCAGCAAUCUCGUCAAAUGAUAAUGAGCAUCAUAACAAGCGAAGAAAAGUUGACAGUUUCCAUGAAAUAACCACCCCAGAAACUAACGUCACCACACCCAGGAAAAAACAUCACAAAAAAACAUUUAGUGACAGUGACAAUUUUAUUAGUUUUUCAAAUGGAAGUCAUGUACCAGGUGAAACCGAUGAAUGCGAAACACCAGUUAUAAAAAGGAAACACAAGAAAAAAUCAUAAAUUGCUUUGGAAUUUUUAAAUUAGUGUGUUCAAGAUAAAAUUAAUGCCUGAGUGAAUGAUCUAAGAUGUCUUCAAUUAGCUUGUGGAUGUUAAUAUGAAAUAUAAUCGUGAUUUGACGUGUACAUUUUUUACAGGUAUAAACAU